UUCUCCAACCUCAUCAGGUAUUAUAGGAGGAGUCUCAGAUCCCUUGCCGUGUAUUCUCCAACCUCAUCAGGUAUUAUAGGAGGAGUCUCCUAUAAUAACAAAAGAUCAAAUGGUUAAGCAAUAAAAUCGCAUUUUCACAGCCUUCUUUGCUCAUAUUUACCAAGGGUGCCAAUAUUAGUAGAGAGCACUGUAUAUUACAAAAAUGCUUCUAUUUAAAACAGAAAUGCUUCCAUGUGGAUUCCAAUUUUGGCUGGAAUGUCCCUUUAACAAAGGCGAUUUUGCAGAGAAACAAAAUAACUGGCUAAGAGCAGUUUAAUUUUUUUGUGUACAGUAUCCAGUCAGUUCCGAAAUAAUCCCCAUACAAUUACAUAAAGGCAACGUUAGCACAGCCCGACACGCUCACUUUACUGUUUAUCUAUCCACAGGUGCUGAAAAUCUAUAUUACGUGCCUGUUGUUGACGAAGGCGAGGAGAGUGACAGCUUUGAUGUUCAGAAGGUGAAAAUCAUGUCAGAUGGAUACCUGACAUGGAACGAUUCUGGGAAACCUGUUUAUCUCAGCCCUGUAGAUGAUAUGGAGACUGACUCCCCUGUUACCCAGAAUUAUCAGGAACACGUUGAACAAAAUACCCCAAUCAACAAUUUGAAGAAAAUUGUAAAAGUUAUAGCUAAGGAAUCAAGCUUCCAUGAAGAACAAAACCUGACACAGCGUCAUAUGAUAAAGCAGAGAGAGGCUGCGGACACAGAGUACGGGAUCAUUUAUGCUAAGUCAGAGAGCAACGCUGCUCAGAUAAACAACAAGGGCUUGUCGGAGAUCUGGUAUAAUUGUAUUGAAAGUGAUAAAACUGGAAAUAGUGAAUCAGAAAGUCAUUCAUUAGCCAAGGAUCAUGGGCUUUACACCGGAAAGAUCUUUGAAUGUUAUGAAUGCGGUCAGUAUUUUAGCAACAACUCGAAUCUUGCUGCACAUAUGAGGACGCACACUAGAGACAAGUUGUUUGUGUGUCCUCACUGCGGAAAAGGCUUUAACCGGAAUUCAGGCCUCACUCAGCAUCUGAAAAUUCAUAGUGGAGAGAAACCUCAUGCAUGUUCCGAGUGCGGCAAGUGUUUUACACACAAAGUAAAUCUCAACACACAUAAGAGAACUCACACCGGUGAAAGGCCGUUUUCAUGCUCAGAAUGUGGCAAAUCUUUCAGCCGCUCGUAUAUACUUAGGAGACAUAAAAAGAAAAAACAUUUGCAUGUCUCCAGCUCUCCCCCCUCAGCCCAGAAUGUGGCAAAUGUUUCAGCUGAUUAUAUCCAUUCAGCCGCUCAUCUGUUCUUGUGAACCAUAAGGAGGAGAAAACCAUUUACAUUUCUCAGCUUCUGCUCCAGAAAAAAACUGUGACUUUCCGCCUCUGAAGAUGAUUUUUUACACUAAGGUGCAGAUCUGUAUGUACCCUUAUACUGCUCCCAUUAAAGGUAUAAUAAUUAUAACUUGCAACAUACAGAACAUAACACAGUGCAAUGACCAAUAAGAAAUCAGAUCUGUAUGUACCCUUAUACUGCUCCCAUUAAAGGUAUAAUAAUUAUAACUUGCAACAUACAGAACAUAACACAGUGCAAUGACCAAUAAGAAAGCAGAUCUGUAUGUACUCUUAUACUGCUCCCAUUAAAGGUAUAAUAAUUAUAACUUGCAACAUACAGAACAUAACACAGUGCAAUGACCAAUAAGAAAGCAGAUCUGUAUGUACCCUUAUACUGCUCCCAUUAAAGGUAUAAUAAUUAUAACUUGCAACAUACAGAACAUAACACAGUGCAAUGACCAAUAAGAAAUCAGAUCUGUAUGUACCCUUAUACUGCUCCCAUUAAAGGUAUAAUAAUUAUAACUUGCAACAUACAGAACAUAACACAGUGCAAUGACCAAUAAGAAAGCAGAUCUGUAUGUACUCUUAUACUGCUCCCAUUAAAGGUAUAAUAAUUAUAACUUGCAACAUACAGAACAUAACACAGUGCAAUGACCAAUAAGAAAGCAGAUCUGUAUGUACUCUUAUACUGCUCCCAUUAAAGGUAUAAUAAUUAUAACUUGCAACAUACAGAACAUAACACAGUGCAAUGACCAAUAAGAAAGCAGAUCUGUAUGUACUCUUAUACUGCUCCCAUUAAAGGUAUAAUAAUUAUAACUUGCAACAUAAAGAACAUAACACAGUGCAAUGACCAAUAAGAAAUCAGAUCUGUAUGUACUCUUAUACUGCUCAAUGCAGCCAUUAAAGGUAUAAUAAUUAUAACUUGCAACAUAAAGAACAUAACACAGUGCAAUGACCAAUAAGAAAGCAGAUCUGUAUGUACUCUUAUACUGCUCCCAUUAAAGGUAUAAUAAUUAUAACUUGCAACAUACAGAACAUAACACAGUGCAAUGACCAAUAAGAAAGCAGAUCUGUAUGUACUCUUAUACUGCUCCCAUUAAAGGUAUAAUAAUUAUAACUUGCAACAUACAGAACAUAACACAGUGCAAUGACCAAUAAGAAAGCAGAUCUGUAUGUACUCUUAUACUGCUCAAUGCAGCCAUUAAAGGUAUAAUAAUUAUAACUUGCAACAUAAAGAACAUAACACAGUGCAAUGACCAAUAAGAAAGCAGAUCUGUAUGUACCCUUAUACUGCUCCCAUUAAAGGUAUAAUAAUUAUAACUUGCAACAUAAAGAACAUAACACAGUGCAAUGACCAAUAAGAAAGCAGAUCUGUAUGUACUCUUAUACUGCUCCCAUUAAAGGUAUAAUAAUUAUAACUUGCAACAUAAAGAACAUAACACAGUGCAAUGACCAAUAAGAAAGCAGAUCUGUAUGUACUCUUAUACUGCUCCCAUUAAAGGUAUAAUAAUUAUAACUUGCAACAUAAAGAACAUAACACAGUGCAAUGACCAAUAAGAAAGCAGAUCUGUAUGUACCCUUAUACUGCUCCCAUUAAAGGUAUAAUAAUUAUAACUUGCAACAUAAAGAACAUAACACAGUGCAAUGACCAAUAAGAAAGCAGAUCUGUAUGUACUCUUAUACUGCUCCCAUUAAAGGUAUAAUAAUUAUAACUUGCAACAUAAAGAACAUAACACAGUGCAAUGACCAAUAAGAAAGCAGAUCUGUAUGUACUCUUAUACUGCUCCCAUUAAAGGUAUAAUAAUUAUAACUUGCAACAUAAAGAACAUAACACAGUGCAAUGACCAAUAAGAAAGCAGAUCUGUAUGUACCCUUAUACUGCUCCCAUUAAAGGUAUAAUAAUUAUAACUUGCAACAUAAAGAACAUAACACAGUGCAAUGACCAAUAAGAAAGCAGAUCUGUAUGUACUCUUAUACUGCUCCCAUUAAAGGUAUAAUAAUUAUAACUUGCAACAUACAGAACAUAACACAGUGCAAUGACCAAUAAGAAAGCAGAUCUGUAUGUACCCUUAUACUGCUCCCAUUAAAGGUAUAAUAAUUAUAACUUGCAACAUAAAGAACAUAACACAGUGCAAUGACCAAUAAGAAAGCAGAUCUGUAUGUACUCUUAUACUGCUCCCAUUAAAGGUAUAAUAAUUAUAACUUGCAACAUACAGAACAUAACACAGUGCAAUGACCAAUAAGAAAGCAGAUCUGUAUGUACUCUUAUACUGCUCAGUGCAGCCAUUAAAGGUAUAAUAAUUAUAACUUGCAACAUAAAGAACAUAACACAGUGCAAUGACCAAUAAGAAAGCAGAUCUGUAUGUACUCUUAUACUGCUCAAUGCAGCCAUUAAAGGUAUAAUAAUUAUAACUUGCAACAUAAAGAACAUAACACAGUGCAAUGACCAAUAAGAAAUCAGAUCUGUAUGUACUCUUAUACUGCUCCCAUUAAAGGUAUAAUAAUUAUAACUUGCAACAUAAAGAACAUAACACAGUGCAAUGACCAAUAAGAAAGCAGAUCUGUAUGUACUCUUAUACUGCUCCCAUUAAAGGUAUAAUAAUUAUAACUUGCAGCAUAAAGAACAUAACACAGUGCAAUGACCAAUAAGAAAGCAGAGCUGAAGAAGCCAACAUAAAGGAGCCAAUCAGUGUCCACAGUCACCAUAUAGUGGCCAGUAAUAUCCAGUGCUUGUCACAGAGAUUAGCAUUAUGCAGCCUUUCUCAGUGUAUUAUCUUAUUACAAUUAUUUUUCAUUUAAAUUUCAUUAUAUUGACUCACUGUGGUCUCUCCUUACGUUUUUGUUUUCCUUUUUAUCUUUUUGUAAUUUUCAGUUUGAUCUUAUAUUAACUAAUUUACUCUCUUUAUUCCACUUAAGUUUUCUCCGUAUUCCAUUUUAUUAUUUAUUUUCUAUGUAACUUUUUUUCUUACCUCCGUGGUGCAAUUCUCCUUGGUAGCAGCCGCUAUCUUAAGCUGCACGUGCACACUCUUCUUCAUCCCCGCCCUUUUUUCCCGCAUUCUGAGUGACAGUAAGAAGUCACCCCCCCCCCGUUAACUCCACUAUAUCCAACCCUCUGUUUUUUUUAUUGCAGCCACUUGGUGUCUCUAUUUUAUUAUGUUUUCCUUUACAUACUGGUUUUCAGUUUCUCACUUUGUUUAAUAUUAGUUAUACUUUUAUUACAUUUUCAUUUCUUUCCCUUUUAUGUAUUUUAGACAAUUAAAUUAUUAUUUAUUAAAAUUUACUCUUUUUUUUUUUA